GCUCCGGAAGUGGAGGGAGGGGGUGAAAAUGGCGCCCAGCUCGAAAUCGGAGCGGAACAGCGGGGCCGGGAGCGGCGGCGGCGGCCCCGGCGGCGCCGGGGGGAAGCGGGCAACGGGGCGGCGGCGGGAGCACGUCCUCAAGCAGCUGGAGCGGGUCAAGAUCAGUGGGCAGCUCUCUCCUCGCCUCUUCCGGAAGCUGCCACCCAGGGUCUGCGUCUCUCUCAAGAACAUCGUGGAUGAAGACUUUCUCUACGCAGGACACAUCUUCCUGGGCUUUUCCAAGUGUGGCCGUUAUGUUCUCUCCUACACCAGCAGCAGCGGGGACGACGACUUCUCUUUCUACAUCUACCACUUGUACUGGUGGGAGUUCAACGUCCACAGCAAGCUCAAGCUGGUCCGGCAGGUACGGCUCUUCCAGGAUGAGGAGAUCUACAGUGACCUGUACCUGACCGUGUGCGAGUGGCCCAGUGACGCCUCCAAGGUCAUUGUCUUCGGCUUCAACACUCGCUCAGCCAACGGCAUGCUCAUGAACAUGAUGAUGAUGAGCGAUGAGAACCACCGGGACAUCUACAUCAGCACCGUGGCUGUGCCGCCGCCAGGACGCUGCGCCGCCUGCCGGGACGCCAGCCGCGCCCACCCAGGUGACCCGAGCGCGCAGUGCCUGCGGCAUGGCUUCAUGCUGCACACCAAGUACCAGGUGGUCUACCCCUUCCCCACUUUCCAGCCCGCCUUCCAGCUCAAGAAGGACCAGGUGGUGCUGCUCAACACCAGCUACUCCCUGGUGGCCUGCGCCGUCUCGGUCCACUCGGCAGGUGAUAGCAGCUUCUGCCAAAUCCUGUACGACCACACCACCUACCCCCCGGCCCCUCCCAGCCCCCCUGGGCCCCAGAGCCCAGAGAUGCCCCCUGUCCUCCCCACCCUCUGCCCCGAAGCGGCCCCAGCCCGGCCCUCUGGGGCCCCCGAGCACUCGCCUGCCAUCGCCAAAGCCAAGGAGUUUGUGGCUGACAUCUUCCGCAGGGCCAAAGAGGCCAAGGGUGGGACCUCGGAGGAAGUCCGGCCACCCCCUUGCCCGGGGCCCUCGAGCAGCCGCUGCCGCCUGCCCUCUGAGCCCCUAGCCCCAGGUGGGGAGGCGGUGCCCCGGGACAGCCCCCUUGCAGCAGAGGUGCCUGCCUCCGAGCCUGGAUACGUCAACUACACCAAGCUGUAUUAUGUGUUGGGGUCCGGUGAGGGGACGGAGCCAGAGGAUGAGUUGGAGGACGACAAGAUCUCCCUGCCCUUCGUGGUGACUGAUCUCCGCGGCCGCAACCUACGGCCCAUGCGGGAGCAGACUGCCGUCCAGGGUCAGUACCUGACAGUGGAGCAGCUCACACUGGACUUCGAGUAUGUCAUCAACGAGGUCAUCCGCCAUGAUGCCACUUGGGGUCACCAGUUCUGUUCCUUCAGCGACUACGAUAUUGUCAUCCUGGAGGUCUGCCCAGAAACCAACCAGGUCCUCAUUAACAUUGGCCUGCUGCUCCUGGCAUUCCCGUCCCCCACCGAGGAGGGCCAGCUCCGACCAAAGACCUAUCACACCAGCCUCAAGGUGGCAUGGGACCUCAACACGGGCAUCUUUGUGACAGUCAGCGUGGGUGACCUCACUGAGGUCAAAGGGCAGACCAGCGGCAGCGUCUGGAGUUCAUACCGCAAGAGCUGCGUGGACAUGGUCAUGAAGUGGCUGGUGCCUGAGAGCAGCGGCCGUUACGUCAACAGGAUGACCAAUGAGGCGCUGCACAAAGGGUGCUCACUGAAGGUUCUGGCGGACAGUGAGCGAUACACGUGGAUUGUGCUGUGAGGGCCCGGCCGCCCUGGACACUGACUCCAACUACCUCCGCGGCCCGGGAGCUGGCCGCCUUCCCGGCAGCCUCUGCCGGCCGGCCGAUGGCGGGCACUAGUGUUAGGCUGCGGGGAGGGGGCUGGGCGGGGCAGCCCCUGGUGGCCUGAGAGUCUGGACGCUUCUUAUUUAUGCCUAUUUAAGUUGGAAAGGGGCAGAGGGAGGGAGCCCCCUGCCCCACCAGCCUUGAGCGCCCGCCUUCACCCCAAGCUGGGCAUGGGCCCUCGUUCCUCGCGAGUUUGCCCCUUUUCUCGGCUACAGGUGUGGACGUUGCCCCCCUACCCCCACCCCAGGGAGGCCAGAUGGAUCCCAUACCCCUGCCCUGUCCACCCCCAGCCUCUCCCCCGACCUGAGGUGGUGAACCUCGUGGCCAUCACACCUCCCCUUCCCGGCCCUGUUGUUCCUCUUCACAUAAUAAAUGUUUUAUUUCUGAACCUCA